AUGCAGCUUUACUAUCAUGAUGGUUUAGACACCCCAGAUAAUUUCUGUGAAGAUCACAAUUCUGGGGAAGAGGUGUCAGUUGAAGAGCUGUCCAAAAUUGGAGUGAUAUACUACCAUUUGGACGAAGAGAGUCAAGUUGAGAAGAUUGCCAGGGAAAGAGAUUACAAGAACAGAGAUUUUGUGGUUCUAUCUGAUGAGACUUUCCCUGGUGGGCCAGAUGCUUUGCAAGAGAAACUGAAAGUCUUCUACAAGGAGCAUCUUCACGAAGAUGAGGAGAUUAGAUUCAUCCUGGAUGGAGAAGGCUACUUUGACGUGAGAUCACAGAACGACAGGUGGAUCCGAAGCAAGCUUUUCAAAGGUGAUUUACUGAUUCUUCCUGCUGGGAUUUACCACAGAUUCACGUUGUCCACUAAGAAGUAUGUCAAGACAAUGAGGUUGUUCAAGGAGGAGCCAAAAUGGCAAGCCUAUAACAGACCGGCUGAUGACAAAGGAGCUAGAUUGGAGUACUUGAAAAGUAUUCAGGUGUAG